AUGGAUAUCCACGACAUCAUCAACAGAGGGUUGAACGAGAUAGCCAGUGCUAAGCAAGUGCUUGAGGAUGAGAAAGCCAAGCUGCUCGAAGAAAACAGCAAGCUGCUUGUGGAGAACAAGAAGUUGUCUAAGCUAAACGAGCAGUUAUGCGAGGACCAAUCCACUCUUACUCGAGAGCUUCAGGAAAGUGAAGAUGCCCGAGAAAAAGCCAACGACGAGCGGAAAAAAUGGAGGGAGAGUGCUGUCCUCAAUACCCGAGAGUGUAAGCAAUUGAAUCUUGAUUUGACCGCCAGCAGAGAUGAGGUAACGAGGCUCGGGAAGCGGGUCAAGGAACUUGAGGAGCGCAUUCAAGAGCUCGAGGAGGAUGGUGCCAGAAAUAUGGAGAAGUAUAAGGAAGCCACCUUCCUAAGCUUUUAUGAUUUCUGGAAACAUAACCAGGGAGCCAAAAUCGACUACUUGGCUGAGAACUUGCAACAGUCGCUAUUGGCGGAAUGCACUGCUCGGUUUGAGGCGGAAAAGAGGGCCAAGGCCCAGAUCCUUGCUGCUGGUGCCAAAGAUGAUCCUCCAGCUGACAAGAAUGCUCCUGCUCCGAAAUAA